AUGCCUUCUUCGAAUUUUCGAAAAAUCCGCCCGUCAUUUGGGGAGAGCAGUGCAUCAGCCAGCAACCCAAGCCAGUCCACAUCCGAGAGUACGGGAUCUGACCCACGCCGUCCCCGCGGCGACAAAGACACUCCUACUGAGAGCAGUUCGUCUUCAUCCAAGCGUCGAAGAGUCCCAGAAUCAGUUACUCGCAAUGCCUGCCUCAAUUGUAAAAAGGCGCGGGCCAAGUGUGAUGGCAACAAGCCGUGCAAGAGGUGUGCGACACGGGUCGAGACCUCCGAAUGCAUCUACGAAAUUCAUAUCAAGCAUGCGAAGGAAGAGCUGAUCAAGCAGAUCAAGGAGCUCAGGGCCAAGGACCAUAUGACCGAGCAAAUUCUCCAGGCUCUGUCCACCAACGAAAAAGUACCAGAAAUUCUCGAACGCCUUAGGAAUGGCGAGACGUACGAUGGGAUCGUCGAAUGGCUUGGCCGGUCUCCAAUGGCCGACUUCGAUACUCUAUCACCCAGGGAGUCUCAUCAUUCUACAUACGAGCCCUCGGAUCAUGAGAUGAGCGGUGUUGGAGCCUCGAAGCAUUUCUGGACUCGAGUGACGUCCGAUACCUUCGUCCUAGAUCAUCUCUUUCAACUCUACUUCGCCUGGAUUCAUCCAGUACAUACAUUGUUCAGCGAGGGGCGCUUCGCUGACAGCUACGGCCGACAUUUGGACACCUACUGCUCGUCCGUGCUAGUCAAUUCUGUUUGUGCAUUGGCUUGCAGCCUGCAUGCGGCAGUGGUUGGUGAUGAGAUUGACUACGAACGACUGGGAGUAGAAUUUAGUGAUGCAGCCCGAAAGAGCCUCCAGCCAGAUGACAACAGGCUUACAACCAUACAAGCCUUUGCGGUGAUGCACUUGGUAGACUGCGCUCGAGGCAAUGCCUUGCGGGCUACAGCCUACCUUAAGAUAUCAACUGUCGGCCUACUACGCGCGUCAUACCAGGACAACGACGGUUUCGCAGAAUCCUGGAAAGCUACUGUGCGCGGAAUCAAGAAUCUCAACAUUGAGUGGGCGCAGAUGACCUUCCAAGCGCCGCCCAUUGUCGAAUCCACAUCGUAUGAUAGCACGGAGGAGGUUGAUGCUAUCUUGGAUGAUGGGAACUGGUAUCCAUAUCGAAACGCGAAAGAGCAGCCUGAACCACAUCGAAGUCUAAUAGCAACUACGAACAGAGAAAAGUCGAAGUUGAACUUGAUCCUUCAGGAUAUCGCCACUAUGAUAUAUUCUCAGCGUGGCACUCAUAUAUCUGCGAGGCAAUUUCUGUACCAGUAUGGCAGACUUAGGACGUGGAGACAGGAGCUGCCGGAUGAGCUUGCCAAUUUUGAGGAUAGUACACAACAUGUGCUACCUCAUGUGCUCUACUUGCUUGUUCUCCAUAAUACUGCGGUUGUCCAGUUCCUCCGACCUUUACUCGAUUUCGAAGGCUUCCCGUCAUCGCUGGUCGAAGGACCUAUUUGGGAGCACGCCCAAGAAGGUCUUCGGCUACUCGACACAUUCUACCGGCCACGAUACAGCUUUCGAUAUCAGCCCGUGCUGCAGAUGCUCGCAUGUCUUCAGUUGACUGAUAUCAUAGCUCGAUUCUUCCCUGAAGGUACGCAAGGAGGAGGUGGUAAAGAUGGGCCCGAGGCUAUCCAAUUUUGCAUGGAGCUUCUGAUGGAAUCUCGACUCGGGUUUCCUGUCGCUGGUCCUCUCCAAGAGAUGCUACGAAGAUCUGCAAUCGAGUGUGCCAUACUUCUUCCCAGAAAUCUGACAGAGCUCAUGCUCUCACCUACACCUCCCCAGAAAGUAUACGGCAUGGAUGAUUUUCUUGGAGCGUGUACAAGACCAACAUAUCUCCAACCGGUUGUUGAAGCUCAUUCCAAAUAUUCCGCAUCCUUUUCUUCAGACUGGAUAGUCGAAGGUCCUGCUUAUGGUUUUCGUGAAUCGACAACCGGCGCUCGUCGGCUGAAAUUUCCAUCCGCUGAGGAGAGAGGUGCUCAAAGCCUCAUGCAGAUUCGGAAUCUGCUCAACUCGAAUUGA